AUGGAUCACAGUUCGAAGCUGAUUGAUGGGUAUCAGAUCCCGAUCCAGCGGCCGCCAGAGAUUGAGGAGAUUCUCUCGACCCUGUCGCGGUUCAAUCCCGAGACCGGCCCCGUCCUUCAGGACUACGUUGGCACCCAGUGCUCGACCGAGACUUACGACAUAAUGGCCAACCUGGCUCUGCUCAAACUAUAUCAAUUCAACCCCGACCUGAUGCGCGAGGAAACAGUCCUCAACAUCCUCGCCAAAUCGCUAACAGUCUUCCCCGAACCCGACUUCACCCUGUGCCUCUACCUCCUCCCCCCCAACCUUCUCAGCACAUACAACUCCACCGCCAGCGACUCAUCCAUCGUCCCUGCCGCGCCGGUCGUCACCAGCGACGACUCGCUGACAAACUCAGUCCACAGACUCACCUACCUCAACUCGCUGCUCGAGAUGGCCGCGUUCUCCACCUUCUGGAGCACGCUCGCCUCCCCCGUCGACGAAGAGUACGCCGAGAUCGUCGCCGACGUCUCCGGCUUCGACGACGCCAUCCGCGCCGGCAUCACCCGCGCCAUCACCCUCAGCAUGCGCAGCAUCAAGACCGAGACCGCGCUCAGCUGGCUCAACUUCAAAACCAAAGAAGCGCUCGAGAAGUGGGUUGCGGAGAAGAUGCCCGGAUGGACAGUCGAGGGCGACGCGAUUUCGCUCAAGAGCGAGGCCGAGGACGCGCUCGCGCCGUCUGCUGUCUCGUCUUCGUCGUCUGGAAAGCUCCGGUUUGAGCAGCUGUCGCGGGUGAUUAAGCGGGUAUACGAGAAUCAGCUCAUCCACCAUUAA